CGCUUCCGAGCAACGCAUCCAAGACCCCUCCCCCCUACUACUGCAACCAUGCCUGAGCAAGUCGCCAUCGGUAUCAACGGCUUCGGCCGCAUCGGCCGCCUCGUGUGCCGCGCCGCCAUCGAGAACCCCAAGACCAAGGUGGUGGCCAUCAACGACCCGUUCAUGGACCUCGAGUACAUGGCGUACCUGUUCAAGUACGACUCGACGCACGGCAAGUUCGACGGCUCGGUGGAGACCAAGGACGGCAACCUGGUGGUGAACGGCGAGGUGAUCCACGUGUUCGCGGCGCGCAACCCGUCGGAGAUCCCGUGGGGCAAGGCCGGCGCCACGUACGUGUGCGAGUCGACGGGCGUGUUCACGACGACGGAGAAGGCCAAGUCCCACAUCGACGGUGGCUGCAAGAAGGUGGUGAUCUCGGCGCCGCCCAAGGAUGACACGCCCAUGUACGUGAUGGGCGUGAACCACAAGGAGUACAACGGUUCCGCGCAUGUGGUGUCGAACGCAUCGUGCACGACCAACUGCCUGGCCCCUCUGGCCAAGGUGAUCAACGACCAGUUCGGCAUCGUGGAGGGUCUGAUGACGACGGUGCACGCCACGACGGCGACGCAGCUGCCGGUGGACGGCCCGGCCAAGGGCGGCAAGGACUGGCGCGGCGGCCGUGGCUGCGGCCAGAACAUCAUCCCGUCGUCGACGGGCGCCGCCAAGGCCGUGGGCAAGGUGCUGCCGGUGCUGAACGGCAAGCUGACGGGCAUGGCGUUCCGCGUGCCGACGCCCGACGUGUCGGUGGUGGACCUGACGUGCCGUCUGGAGAAGCCCGCGUCCAUGGACGCGAUCAAGGCCGCCGUGAAGGCCGCGUCGGAGGGCGAGCUGGCCGGCAUCCUCGGCUACACGGAGGACCAGGUGGUGUCGAACGACUUCCUGCACGACAAGCGCUCAAGCACGUUCGACGCGGACGCGUGCAUUGCGCUGAACGACACGUUCGUGAAGCUGGUGGCGUGGUACGACAACGAGUGGGGCUACUCGAACCGCCUCGUGGACCUGGUGCUGCACAUGGCCACUGUCGACAAGUAGGUCGUGGCUCCUUGAAGCCCAAGCGACAUUGAGCCGAGUCUUGUAGCUCGGGUUGUUCGUGAGCUUGCGAUGAAGCAAGCGGGUUGGUGCAUUUUAUGAAUUCUGUCGUGGGGUAGUGUUUACCCACCCGUCGUCCUUAGGAUGCAAGGUGUAGCACGUUGCUGUCUUUUGGGCGAGUCUAAUAAAAAGUCAAAUGAGGCACAUCGAUUUUUUCUGU